AUCUAAACUCUGCACCUCUCAAUCUUUCUCCCCCUAUAUAUAUAAAUCCCCCAUAUAUAUCUCCCUCCAUUAAUCCUAUAACGUCUCCAUUCACAUAUAACGCCUUUUCUCAAUUUUCUUUCUUCUCUCACACACAAUCGAAAACAACAAUGGCUACCAAUGCUACCAAGCCUUCCGUUUACCUUCAAGACAUGGAGGAAGUCAAAAAAGUAUUCGCGCGCUUCGACGCCAACGGCGACGGCAUGAUUUCCGGCGACGAGCUUUCCGGCGUAUUGAAAGCCUUAGGAUCCGACACUUCGCCGGACGAAGUUGAACGUAUGAUGGCUGAAAUUGAUACCGACAGAGACGGCUGCAUUAACCUACAGGAAUUUGCUGAUUUUUGCAAAAGUGACGAUUCCGUUGACGGCGGUGCUAAGGAACUCAAGGAAGCGUUUGAUCUUUACGAUCAGGACCAUAACGGCUUGAUUUCUGCUGCGGAGCUUCACCAGAUCCUCAACCGUUUGGGCCAGAAUUGUACCGUUCAGGAUUGUACUAGAAUGAUCACCUCCGUUGAUGCUGACGGUGACGGUAACGUUAGCUUUGAGGAGUUUAAGCAGAUGAUGUGUAAUAAUUGUAAAAAAUAAGCGAUGCUUUUUUUUCUCAUCCUUUUUCCGUUAUUUGAGUGGCUGAUAACGGUGAGGUACACCGAAUUUUCGUGCAUCCUCCGGUAGUGUGUAAUUCUUUUGACCUAAUAAAUGGCGCUUGGUUUUCCAUCGGCUUUCA